CUCUCCACUCUCCCCGUCAACCGGCGCCUUUCAUGAACCGCAAGGCGCAUUUGCGUGCUGAGCCGCAGCGCCAGUCUCGAAACACCGACAAGACUCAUGUUGGCAUCAUUCCACGGACCCAUCAACCGAGCGUCGCUUCACCCACCCGCCUGCCCAUCCCGAUGCCUGUGCCCGUGCCUGCGCCUGGAGCGAUCUGCACGGGGGGGGGCACCCAGCUCCCUCAUCCUGCAGCUCUUGUUGUGGGGGUGGGGUGAUUUAGGGGAUCUGUCUGUUGGUCUGCUCAACCCCAGUGCAAUUCCCAACAACCGAGCCAGCAUCUCGGAACGCCUUGCCGUCGAUGCCACCCGCCGCGACUGGCGACGACCUGAUGCCGAAGAGCCCAUCAAGCCGCCAGAGUCGCUGGACAUCCUGCAGCGUCCUCUGACCAUCGCCAUCGUCGUCGUUGCCGAUAAGGCUGCACUCCCGCUGCGGGCCUCUGGCGGCGACGUCACGAUCCAUGUGGCUCAAGAACUCUGCGAUCGCACGCUCGUGGACCACCCACUGAUCGAAAAUGUCUUGGUCGACGGGGUGCUCAUCAACGACACCCUGGACGACGAGGCUCUUGAUGACAUGCCGCACGCCUCUGCGGCGGCCGAGCCCUUCACUACACCUAACCACCCCACCAGCGACGACGGCAGCGACGACAGCGACAACUGCGACGACGACAGCGACAGCAACGACAACUGCGACAACGACCAAAACAGCCACAGCGAUGACAACGAAGGCGAGUCCCAGCCAAGCCUGGCACCCUCGCCCGAGCCUCCAGCCGAGCCAGCACCCAAUCAUGCGGACGACCCCUCAGCCGAUCCGCCAUCAGCCGAUCCGCCACCAGCCGAAUCGCAGGCGCAACCUCCGACGGGCGCCCCCAUCGCCAGUGCACACACCGCUCCGUUUCCCAGGGGACCGACUCGAAUGAAUGGCAGCGUCCAGAGCCUGGAUCGAUCGCAUUCGCCCUCAGCCGACGGAGCCGCCGCCCAGUCGCCGUAUCGACGCCCAAGGCUUCAUGCAUACUGUCCCAACCUGCCAUAUCCACCCGAGCAGUCCUGUGCCGAGCAUCGAACCAACGCCCCCCCUCAGCGACAGUCGUUGCCGUAUCCGGCCGCGCUCGUCCAGCCUCCGCCGAGCGGCCCUGACUGCCGGUGCUCGAGCCAUCGACCCAGUUACUACACGCACAAGGCCAUGGUGACUGGAUGCGAGAGCAGCCGAGGCUAUCCUCCGUCCCGAACCAGCAGCACAACAUCCUCCUCCUCCGGGCCCAAAAAGCGGACGAAGCCUCCUGGUCUCGAGCGCCACGUGUCGUUUUCGGACAAUGUCGAGGCUUACGACCACAAGGACUGGGAGAAUCGCAUGGAGGCUGUGCGCUUGGCCAAGAACUCUGGUAACCGCCAGUCGAUUUGGAAAGGCAUCGUGGGCAAGGCCAAGCAGAUCCUCCACCGAGACUAGGGCCCAAGGCCCAAGCCCCCCUCCUGGACGGGGUGGAAAUGCACGUCUGUGGAAGAGGAUGCGUAGG